CUGCUCCGCAUCGAUCCCUCCGCUGCUCCAUCGACUCGACCUGCCUCCGCCUGCCGCACACUCUCCACUCGCUUCUCCGCACCUCUGUCAUCGUCUCCGCCUCCUGCAUCUGUUCGCCGCCUCUAGAGUCUCCCACAUCCGCCGUCCGCCUCUCCUUCGCAGCCUCGCAGCAGCGACUGCGCUCUCCGCUCUCCGCAUCCCCCCUCGCCCUCGCUCCGCUCCACUCGCAGCCUCGCCUGUGCACCUCUUGAUGGCGCCGCCGCCUCGUCGGCGCGAGCCGGCCUCUCCGCCCGUGCUGCUGCUGCUGCUGCCCGUGCUGCUGUUCGUGCACAUUGGCUACCACAUCUGCAUCCAGGUCGUCUCGCUGCAUGCACUGCUGCGGCAGCAGUUGCGCGCCUCGCGCUUCGGGCCACUGUCCAGCCGCUCGGCGCCACACGUCGAGCGCCGGCUGCGAGAGCGUGCGGCCGCCGGCGCUCGGCUGCCGCAGCAUCUCGCCGUCGUCUUUGCGCCGUCGCCGCCACGCACCGCCGUGCUGCUGCUGCGCCAGCUCUUCGCACUCGUCACCGGCGCGCCGCUCUCGCAGCUCGAGAACAACACGGCACGCGCCGCCGAGCCCUCGCCUGCCGACACGCCCGAAGCGCUUGUGGCGCAGGUCAAGGAUGUCGCACGCUGGGCGUCCAUGGUCGGCUGCAUGCGCCUGAGCGUGUACGAUCCCGCCGGCGCCAUUCGAGAGGCGCUGGCAGGGCGUGAGGAGUGGACUCUCUCAUGGGACGCUGCAGAGCCGACGCCGGCUCUGCCAAAGCACCUGCCGCGUCUGGCCGAGAGUCUCGUCGCGGCGCUCGAGGGCUCUUCCGCAGCGCGGUCCUCGCGCUCCGGCGAUAGCUCGCCGUGCGAUGCGCGGACAGCGUCGGAGAUGCACACGCCUAUGCUGCCUUCGUCCAUCGACGGCUUCUUUGACACAACCAGCAGCAACUGGACCGAUGGCGACGAGCUCUCCGCCGAUGCCGGCACCUCUUCAUCCUCGUCCGGACAGCUGCUCAGCGGGCAAAGCACGCCGCCAAGCGACGUCAUUCCCGCUGCCGCCGCAUCGCGCGUCACGCUGCGCAUCACGCCCGUCGUGCCCGUCGUGAGCCGGCGCAAAGCCAAUGGCUCUGCUCUACCGGCACUGCACGUCUCUGGCGCGUCUAGUCCGCAGGAGUACGGAGGGAGCGACGAGGCGCGCCUCACGCUGCACCUGCUCGGGCCUGGCGACGGCAAGGCUGCCCUUGUCGCUGCUGCGCGUGAGCUCGUCUGGAGAGCACGAGAGGGCGACACUCGCGGCGUGGAUGUGAAGCGCGUCGAGGAGCUGCUGCUCGACCAAUCACAUCCGCCAGAGCCGGACCUGCUCAUCCUGCACGGCGGUCCACGACGCGUCUGCUCGCUCGCCGGCUUCCCGCCGUGGUCAUUACGGCUCACAGACAUCUUCUACGACGCACGCGCGCCCGCACGGUCACGCCUCAGCGCCGCCACGUUCGAGGCGGCGAUGCAGCGCUUCGGCUACGUCGAGCAGCGCUUUGGGCGGUAGCGUCUGCCGCCAAAGCAGAGGAUCGUGGAAGAUGACAUGACUUCUGCGAAAAGAACCGAUGCGGAUUGAGAUGUUGUACAAGGCGACGUCGUCGCCGCGGAGAUGCUGGGGGCAGACAGCGGGGUGGACUGCUUCGAGAGUGCGUCGUGACCACUCAAGAUGCGCGUCUCAAAUGCCGCUAUGGCCCCUCUGGUGCCUCGUCUGCCUCUGCGCCCUCGAGCGGCGCAGCAUGCUCCUUGAUCCACUCCUCGUCCUCCCACACCGGCCGGUUGCCAUUGCCGAUGGCCGCCUUGGGCGCGCGUGCCAGGUUCACGUUGAUGAUGCGCUGAGAGCAGGGGGUCAGCGAGGAGAGCAGCGUAUGAGGUCGCUGCGGCUGACGCACCCCGGCGAGCUCGUUGAGGUGCAUGUUGUCGAUGGCAUCCUCGGCCUCCUCGGGCUUGGAGAAGG